GUUCCGGUUUGGAUAAAUAAACUCCCUCCUCAGUGCAUCAAUGAUUGGCUAAGGAACGUUGGUCAAUUGAAUGACUCCAUUUUGUACAUGAAGGGCAUUGAGUCGUUGCUACCUGGAGGAGGCAGCGGAUAGAGAACGCGAUCAAGCAAUAAUGGCAGGACAUGAUUCUGGAACAGAACACCAAUUUACAGGAUUUAAGAAAUACUUUAAUAGCUAUACAACAAUAGGCAGAAGGAAUUAUGUGCUACUUACAUAUGGAAGCAUUCUAAUGCUCAUCAUUGGAUUUAAAAUGAGGAAACCUAAGGAAAUCGCACACAAAUAAAUUCUUAUUGUUGGACUUCCUUGUUGUAUUGCUGUCCAUGAGUUGCAGAAGCAGAUGCACAGUUCAGUAAAUUAUGAAAAAAUGACUAUAUUUGCCUUUAGUAUCAAUGUGUGAAAACUGUCCAAAUUUCUGGUGUUAAUUAUUAAUUAAAGAAGCCCUCUCAAUCUGUAUUGCCCAUAAAUGAGAGUAAUUUUAAGCAUUGCAGUAAACCAUCUGCUCCACAGAAUAAAAAAGAUGACUGUUAUUAUCAUGAAAGCAACAUCACAUCUCUGCCUUAACAGUUUUGAGCACUGAUUUAGUUCACUGAAAAGUAUUUUCACUAUUCUGCCUUUCUAAACAAACAGAAUAGUCAAGAUAGCCACUAUAAAAUAUAUGGAAAGUAAGCUAAAAUAGCACAAUCUUAAAAAAAAACAGAACAAAGAAUUCUUUAGAACAGUUCGUGAAUGCCUGUUUAAAAAGAUUUAUCUUAAGGUUUUAUUCUGAAGAUCUUAGUGUAUGGACAAGUAUAUAAUAAGAAAAACAAUUUGUUAGAUGUAGAUCGUAGGCCUUUUAGGGUUUAAAAUGUUAAAAUAGUGGUUUUUGGCCUACAAAGUUUUGUGUGCAUCUGUACACAUACAUACAUAUGCCCUUCAGCGUUCUCCAUCCACCAUACCCUGGAUGACUUUUCUAUACAGUAAGUGAAGGGAGAUAUCAAAAGCUAAGCAAAUGUUAACAUAAAAUUCUGUAGUUCCUUUCUAUACUAAUAAAAAUGGGAUUUGUAU